AUGAACCUACCGCUAAUUGCCGCCGACGACAGUGGACCACAAUGGAGACUUAAGCGCUUGCAUGGUCGCCAAGAUGAACUUAACUUGCUGCAGCGUAUAGCAGAGGAGAAAUCGUCGUCUUGCGUCCUUGUUGAAGGAGGGGAAGGGAGCGGGAAAACAUCAUUGAUGCAUUCUGUGCCAUGGAAUCAGCAUAAUUGGGUCUUUGUCUCUCGGAAGUUUGAAAGACAUCUAAGUAUAGAGCCUUACUCUGCAUUGAUUAGAGCAAUCGUCGAAGUUGUGGAAGUUUGGGCUGAAAACAACAAGGAGGAAGGCCACAUGAAAAGCUUGUUGCUAGAUUUGUUGGAAAAUGAUGUCGAUGUCCUUCAAAACGUCAUUCCAGACGUUGUCAAUAUUAUCAGCAGAUUCACAGACGAUAUGCAUUUCUCCCAAGCACCUACGGUCAGCGACAUUAGAAAAUCUUGGCGGCAAGAGAGCGAGGAGAUAAAGGGAGCUGAUACUGUAGCUGUUGCAGAUUCAUUUUUACGAUUGCUUUCGUUGAUGUCCUCAGCAAAGCCGAUUGCACUGUUCUUGGACGAUGUUCAUUUUGCAGACGCAUCAUCUAUGAAGGUUAUUGAGACCAUUAUGUUUGCCAUUACUGCUAGCUCUACCGAGGUUAGUAGCCAUGUGCUUGUGGCACUUUCAUAUGAUUCUAGCCAGGCCGAGAAGAACAAAUUUGCUACAGGCACAAUCGACCGUGUGAAGACCCUCGGAUCAAGUUUCCACUACUUGCAUCUAAAAGAUCUCAGUGUUGAUACUGUCAAUGAUGUUGUGGCAUCAUUAGUCAAUGCGGGCACCAAGGAAACACUUGCACUCUCGAGCGUUAUUCACAAGAAGACAUCUGGAAACCCGUUUGCGCUUUCGCAGUUCCUCCGAUACGCUCGCGAAAAAGAUUUUUUUACAUAUUCUAUUGCAUUGGACAAGUGGGAUUGGGGAGACGUAAAUGUGCUGGACAGAUAUGCUGCCGUAUCCGACAGUGUUGCGGAUAUCUUAGGAACAUCCAUGAGCAAGCUGAGCAUUGCGGCUCAGGUUGUGAUAAUGGUAUCGUCAUGUUUGGGCACGAUGAUUCCCAAAGGGCUGCUUGUGGAAUUUUUCAAAGAGGUCAACGACGAAGGAACAGACGAAAAGUUGCACCUGGCCGCUUCUCAUGUGCAAGAAAAAGGAUUGGAUGAAGUACUGGAAGGAGCUACCAAGUGGGGCAUUCUUGUCAAGACCAUGAGCCAUGGGGCAUACAUGUGGUCAAACGAUAGUUUACAAGAAGCCGAAUACUCUUUGAUUCCAACUCCUAUGCGGGUAGAGCUGCACCAUAAUCUGGGUAUGCUCUUGUGGAGAUUGGGUAUCGAGCAAGAUGAAGAGUGGAUGAUCUUCAUGGCAGCAAAUCAAAUGAACAAGUAUGCGAAGCUCAAUUCCAACGCGUCGCUCGGAAAUGAUGUCGCCAAGCUAAACUUGCAAGCGGCUAAAUUGUCGCUGAAGAAGGCCGCCAUAUAUCCAGCUCUAGACCUCUUGGUAAAUGCCGAAAAGCACAUGGUCGUCGAACGUCGAUGGGCAGACUCUUACUACCUAACUCUUGAUAUCUUGACUUCUCUGGCCGAAGCGAGAUUCCGCGUAGGGAAAACGGAAGAGGCUAUGGAAACUGCUAAAGCAAUCGUGGACAAUGCCAAUUCAUUAUACGACAUGUUUCGGGCACACAUUGUCUUGCUGCAGCACGCCGUCUCUGGAAAGGAUCGCAAUUAUGAUCUAGGUGUGGAACAAACUUUAAAGCUGUUGAAGCUUUACGGUGAAAAGUACCCCAAGAGGCUCUACCCAGGCCAGAAAUUUGUGGAGAAGACGAAACUCAAGAAGCUGCUGCCUCGUGGCGAAUAUCAGGGUCUGUUGGAGCUGCCAAAUAUGGCCGACAGGAAGGCUUUGCAUAUACAGACUCUCCUUGUGGAUCAUCUUUCGUCUUAUGCCGCAUUCAGUCGUUCGUACAAGUCUCUCAGUUGGUAUGCAAGCGUCCGUGCUCUGAAGAAUGCUUGCAAUCAUGGCGUCAGUCAGGUUUCAAACCUCGCUGUGCUUCAAAUGGCGGUGCAUAUGAGACUUGAGGGGCACUAUAAGGAAGCAUCGGAGUAUGCAGACUUUUCUUUGUUAUUGUCCGAGAGAAUUCCUCGAAAGCUUGGAUCGAAUCACGGCUACGUGAAGAUGGUGUCGACUGGCUGCGUUUUUGCUGCGGUGCGUUCUUUCAACAGCUGUCUUAAUCAUUUGGUGGAGGGUCGGGCUGAUUGCUUGAAAGCUGGACUGGCAAGGGAAACUGUCAUGUCUGUAAUAUCCUAUUCGACAGCCUAUUUGUGCGUGGGCCUUCCUCUGGAAGCACUCAAAGCUGAUUUGAUUUCCUAUGGCAAAGAUUCCCAACAAUUCGGAAGCCCAUACACCGUGCAACAAGUCAUCCUGAUUUUUCAUCAAACGGUAUUGAACCUGCAACAGACGGUUGAAAAUCCAACUCUGCUAUGCGGUGAGGCAAUGGACCAAGUAAAAGAGCUUCAGAAGGUCCAAGGAAAUGCUUUAAAAAUGACCCUACGAGAUAUCAACUCUCACAGAAUCAUGCUGGCAGUUCUUUACAACCAUUGGGAGACUGCAGAAACUCUAAUGGAUGCACUGGAAGAAUACAUUGAUGUAAACGAGGUGAUGAUCCUUCGAGGCCACCUUCGUCGUUGCUACGUAGGCUUGGCAGGUUUUGCUCUCAGUCGAAAAGCUAAAAAUUUGCAGAGAAGGAAGAAGUACUUAUCCGUGGCAAUGAAAAUCCUCAAGGGAUUCACAGCGGAAAUGAAAUAUGGCUCCCUGAAUGCAUACCCAAUCGUAUCAAUGCUGGAGGCUGAAAAAUCACCCUCGAAAAAGAACUAUGAUAUAGCCAUCAAAGUUUGUGCCCGCCUUGGAAUGGUGCAUCACGAAGCCUACAUGUGCGAGCGAGCUGCCGAGUUCUUCGACGAACAAGGCGAUGAAAAUUGGAAAGACUUUUAUCUUGUAGAGGCUUUUCUGUUGUACAAAGAAUGGGGCGCACUUGCAAAAGCCAAGCGGCUACAGGAGGAUCAUUCAAUAAUUUUGAAAGGAUCUGUGCGGGAAACUGUAAACAAAACGAUACAGGGCCGCUCUCGGUACUCGACAAAGGAAUUGGAAUCUUUGCGGACAAUAGAUUGGGAAACCUUCAGCACUGACGGUACCAGGUACCUGGGACCGUACAUAUAA